AGAGCAAUUGAUAAACGGGCGGCAGUGGCAAAUAUCCCGGAUGAAGCAGGCACUUCUCGCCAUGAGAGUGUUGUGGUGAAUAAGGAAAUGCUGGGGGGUUGUUGCGUUUGUGCUGACGAAAAUGGAUGGGAAUCUAACCCACUGGUUUAUUGCGACGGUCCGAACUGUGAAGUUGCUGUUCAUCAAGGCUGUUAUGGAAUUGUUGAGGUACCAGAAGGUGAGUGGUAUUGUGCAAAAUGUGCAGAGUUUAUCGCUCAUACGCAGUACAAUGGAAAUAACAAUGAUGUGGGGGAGGUACGCGAGACACCGCGCUGUAAAUUAUGUCCCUUCGGCCAUGGUGCACUUAAGCGAACUGAUGAUGAUGAUCGAAAUUUUAUUGGUUAUAUAUAUAAUGAAGUACAUUCGACUUUAGUUUUAGAAUGGGCCCACGUCAUCUGUGCUCUUUACAUACCAGAGGUGCGUUUUGGAGAUGUUCACAGUAUGGAUCCGGUGAUUUUAAGUGAUGUUCCACUGGAACGGUUUCAACAGCAGUGUUAUUUAUGCAUAGAACGUGGAGAAGACAAGAAAGCAUAUCUUGGCGCAUGCAUGCCGUGUAAUAAAGCUGGCUGUAAGAAGUGUUUCCAUGUGACGUGUGCCCAAGCGGAAGGUCUGUUAUGCGAGGAAGGUGGAGGAUCGAAAAAUGUCAAGUAUUGUGGGUAUUGUGCGUCUCAUGCUAAAAAAGCGGUUUGUUUCUCACUUGUUAUGAUUGUGAGCGAGCAUAGUAUACAUUCAUUACGCGCACGUACGUUCGGUGCUAUUAAUGUUGAUGGGGAAGGGAAUGGUGGUAAUGAUGGAGAGAGAAUUAAUUGCAUCAUUGCAUAUUAUCUUAUGGCGUUUGCUGUUGUCAUGAACUUCGGUUCUGCAAGCAACAGGUUGACAGAUUUAUGUCAGCGAUUGUUGCGACACCCUCAGCAAGUGUUAGUUUUCAAAAAUAUAUCUUUUGUUAUAUCUGUAUUACAGAUUGGUGAUCCUUUGAUAAAAAUCAUACCACCUUAUCGACUUCGAGCAGAAUCCUCGUGCUCUUCAGGGAGUGGUGGAGGUGGAGGUGGUGGUGUUGCUGUCGUUGGUAUUCAUCGUUCUAUAACUCCGAAGUUAAGUGUUGGAAAUAUUUGUAGUGGUGAGAACAGCACCCAGACUUCCUCCACUAGUUCACCACACUUUAAUAACUCUGAACUUAUACAUCAUUCUUCAGCGUCACUCAAUAACAAUUAUUACGCUAAUGUCAAAUUACCUACAGUAUCAUCUGUUACUGAAAAUGCAGUAUCUGUUUCAUCAAGUAUGAGAACGGCAGGAUCUACUAUGCUUAUAGAUCCCCUACAUCGGCCUUCCUUACAACCAGCGACUGUUGACAGAACCAUGUUAAGUGCUAUGAUGUCGCAGUCAUUAGCAUUGCAUGCUAUUCGUGAGGAUGCUUGCAGUCCGCCGGUGUCUAGUGGCAGGUCUUCUACGGCCCACAGUACACCUCCUCCUGUUACGGUUUCACUGAAAAAAGAUCAGUCAUUAUAUGAUUUGCCGUGUUCUUCAAACGCGAGCGUUCCAUUGCCCUCAAAUGUUGCACUGUUUGGUCUAUCUAAUCAAAAAAAUGAAGUUCUUUCAACUAGUUUGGCGAACACAAAAGAUUUGAAUAAUGGCAAUUUAAUAUCUCAGCUUGAAAUCAAAUUGCAUUCGAAAACAAAUUAUGCUUCUACGGAUAGCGGUGCAGCUACAAGCCUUGGAAACAAAGCUAUCAAAAGAAAAGCAGUUGAAGGAAUUGAUAGACCUAAACGUCCCCGUAACACCAAAGCCUGUAAAUCUAUGAAAGCAUUGCUCGAAUCAGUAGGACCAUUAAUUUCGGAGACAGUCUCAGAUUUUCAAAGAGAACGCUUGAAUGAGAGAGAUGGUGUCAAUCUAACAUCUGUAGUCACUUCACAUCCUGCGGGUUUUUCAAUUUCUGACGAGCAAAGCGUGGCAAUUUGCACUAGUGCUGCAUGCACCUCAGCUAGUAAACAUUUGAAAAGUUCAAGUCAGUGCAUAGCAGCGUUUUCUCCAACAGCAAUGCAACACCAGCAGUCGUCGCCAACAGCAGUCGCGACAGUACAGCAAACUCUUGUUGGUGUGCCACUAUUGAGAGCUCAGUCAAAAGCUGUAGUUACUGCAGAAACCAGUCCCGCAAUUGUAGCGGUAGAUCGAGCUCACGUAACUUCGUCGUUACCGUCAACAUCAGGUGCUGUAACAUCAGCAGCCCUCUGUCCUGUUUCACAGCAGCAAUCAGUAUCGUUUCCACAAUCAAUGGAGGAGUUGUUGGAAAGACAGUGGGAACAAGGGUCACAUUUCUUGAUGAGUCAUGCCCCAUUUGAUAUUGCUCAACUUUUAUCAUGUUUACACGAGUUGAAAAUGGAAAAUGUCCGUCUAGAAGAAACUCUGUCGCAGCUUGCUAGACGGCGAGAUCAUUUAUUGGCAUUGAAUACUAGGUUAUCACUGUCGCUAGCGAGUGGAUCAUCUGUUGGUCUCGGCACCAGCCCGCACCAUUCGCCUCGAAUCAGUGCAACAGGUAGUAGCAAUGGAAGUAGUGGUUUCCCUGUACCGUCAACAACUAACAUGCAAUCAAGUAGUUGCAUUUCGUCGGUGCAGUGCUCAGUGCAACCCACCUCUUCGUCAUCUAUAUCAACGGUCCCCUCCAUUAUAACUUUGCCAUCAUCGACUGUAUGUGCGCAACAACAUCAGCAACAAUCAAUUCCAGCAGCCGGUACUUCAGUCACUUCAUUCUUGAAUCCAUUUUGCCACUCUAUUCCGCCUGUUGUUGACGACUCUUUGAGUCAGUUGCGGACACUGGCAAGCAAUGGAUCUGUUAUUGCAAAUCGAACGGGUCAUACCCCUCAAACGACUGUAGUCGCUGCUUCUACACAGUUGUCUUCUGGUGCUACUGAAAAUUGUCAAACUUCUUUAGUUAAUACUCUUUCUGCUACCGCCUCAUCGCAGCAAACUUCACUUUCAUCUACUCGGUUAGUUUUUGCUCGUAAUAUGGCUGUGUCUGUAGUUAUCUGCGCUGAAUACAUUUUUCAAAAUUUUCUGUUCAUGUUUAGGUUACAGUCAGCGACAUCUAAUACGGGAAUAAGUACACCGCUCAUGGCAAACUUCGAUAAUGUACCGCUUACAGCUAGUAAACCUUCGGUCGCUACUCCGAAUGCGCUGGAUCUGUUUGGUGGGUCGCAAAGUGGUGCGCAUUUAACGUUGACAUCUGAACGACAACAAAUAGCAGCUGCUGCAAUUGCUGCUGCAGCUGCUGCAAACGCCUUGACUGGAGGUUUUGUUGCUCCCCGAGCACCAGGUCAUUCAAAUGCUACUGUUUCCGGUGCGUCUACUAUUGGGCAACUUGCUCCCACGGAAAUAUUAGCACAGUAUGCACUGCUUGCUCAGCAACAAUUACUCCAUCAACAAGCAGCAGUAGCAGCACUAAGCGCUAGGUACGGCAGUCAAGUCAUCUCAAGUUCGACGUCGCCGCACUCUACAGCUCCAAACACACAACUUUCUUCAAAUUCUCAUUCGGGAAAAUAG